GUCGGGCGAAACUGAAUGGCAACGAACGAAACGAAGCAGCCACGGCAUGAGAAGAUACCAAUCAUCACAUUAUCACUUGGUUCACCUUCGGGCCACCUGUGAAGAACUCCCACAUCGGUUCUCUUCUGAUGAUUCUCUCGAACCCCGACAGCGACAUUUAGCUCCUCUAUCGCGGUCGCACUGGGCCGAGAUCACAUCCACUGCAGCCCCAGGUUUCUCCGCCGACUGCGCCGUUUCUUCCUCCUUUUGGCCUCAGCGCAGGCCAUUCCGUUCGUUUCCUCUUCUCGAACCUAACCUGGCCACGACGAUCCCCAAAAUUCUUCCAGCGAGGCCGUAACUGAGCUUGCGUGCUAAGCUGCUGCUGCGCCUUCUCUGUCGAACUCCGGAUCGCUUCAUCCGGCCCCUGUCGCGAUGCUUCUCCCCAAAGGCGGCGUGAACUGGAAGUCCGCCAAAGCCAGACUACCGCCAUGGAGGGCCAUAUUAAUGUUUUUGACCAGGACGCGAUUCCUGGUGGUCGUCGCACUGACGGGCUUGAUUGUGUUAUUAUGGAGGGGGAUUUCUGUAUCAACUCGAGAGAUGUCAAAUUAUUAUUGCUUUGGCCCGUCGAAGCCUCCGACGCAAAUGUCGAUCAAUGAGAUGGUCGCUUGGAAUCAGCAUCUACAAACUCCGGUGCUCUUCAACCACCACGAGCCGCUCGAGGUCAAUUCGAGCACGAUCCAGCACAUAGACCUCAACCCUAUCGUAUCAACGCCGAGAGCAGUGAGCAACCGAGAGCGGGUUCUUAUCCUGACGCCGUUACGGGACGCGGCCCCCUAUCUCAUCAAAUACUUUGAUCUUCUUUCCGAGCUCACAUACCCUCAUGAGCUGAUCGACCUUGCGUUCCUCGUGGGCGACUCCACCGAUGAUACUCUUGCCGUUCUUGCCUCGGAACUCAACAGAAUCCAGUCUCGGACAGAUAAGAUACCGUUUCACAGCGCCACCAUUGUGCAAAAAGACUUUGGCAUGACCAUGAACAUGGAUGUUGAGUCCCGACACAAACUGGCUGCACAGGGACCGCGGAGGAAAGCAAUGGGAAGAGCAAGAAAUUAUCUGCUUUCUGCCGCCUUGAAGCCCGAACAUUCAUGGGUGUACUGGCGUGACGUGGAUAUUGUGGACAGUCCCAAGAAAAUCAUUGAGGAUUUUGUUGCGCAUGACAGGGACAUUCUGGUACCGAACAUCUGGUUCCAUCGCUACGAAAACGGUCGCGACAUUGAGGGUCGUUUCGAUUACAACUCAUGGAUUGAGUCCGACAAGGGUCGACGGCUUACCUCCACGCUGGACAAGGAUGUCGUCCUUGCCGAGGGGUACAAGGAGUAUGAUACCGGACGGACAUACAUGGCUCGCAUGGGUGAUUGGAGGAACAACAAAGACGAAGAGAUCGAAUUGGACGGCAUUGGUGGCGUCAAUAUUCUUGUCAAGGCUGAUGUGCAUAGAUCUGGUAUCAAUUUUCCCUGCUAUGCCUUUGAAAACCAGGCCGAGACCGAAGGCUUCGCCAAAAUGGCCAAACGAGCCGGCUACCAAGUUGUGGGCCUGCCAAAUUAUGUUGUUUGGCACAUCGAUACAGAAGAAAAGCCCGGCAAUGCCGGAUAAUGCAAAGAAGCUGGAAUUAUGCAGCUUUCCGCCGGUUGUUCUCCCUUUGCCAAACGUCUGCGUCUACAUACCCCAGGUUCCAGAUAUGGUGGUUUCUGGACAUACUCGGAAGCAUAUACUGGACAAGUGGUCGUGUGGACACGCGCGUAUAAUGAACCCUUUUGUGCGUCUUCUCCCAAGCCGAAUUCUCAACGUCCACCUUUCUGUACGGUCGGAGGGACAACAUCCUAAAUUCUCUCAUUAUCCUUUUUCGCAACCGAGAGAAUGCAACAUAAACUCGGUGCAACGCCCUAGCGCCAUCAGUCAGGGCCGUGAGUUACGUACUGCAAAGUGUUCGGUAGGGGGCCUCAAGAAAUGCAGUGGGUGUCUCGGCCGGGCCUCUGUUCGGUGGCCGUGAAGGUGUGCAUGUGUAUAUCUUGAUGUCUUCGUCUCAACAGGCGUCUGUCUGUUGACGUGGUGUGAUGUGCCAUGGAAGCCGGUUCUAGCCCACCGCUGCUGGCUUUGCAACGUCAGGUUGGGUAUUAUCUGGACUGGUCUCGGUAUGCCUUGUUUUUCAGGAGUUUGGUCUGGAUGGUGGGACCUAAUGGGUAUUCGUGAACAUAUUUUGUUCGGGAAAGAGAUGCUCUACGUGCUCGUCUUUGUAUAUACACCUACACCGCUCACAUGCGUAUUACGGUCCACAGUACGCAUGUCAAAAGAAACGUGUUUAUGUCCG